CGGGGGUUGAGGGGGCUGUGAAGCAUGAUUGGCUUGUUGAGCAAAGCCGAUGCCCGUGUGCUUGUCGACGCCCGCACCUGCAGCCCUGGGCCGUGUGAUGAUGCCGUGGCUGGCCAAUGAAGCUUGGUUCCAACGCAGGGCCUUCCCCAUGUUUGGUUUUUUCUGUGUCUGCGCUGCCACAUCUUGUGCCGUCCAGGUCUGACUGUCUGACUGUCUGACACUGUCCAUGCACACAAAAGUUCAUACGAGCCCAAGGCCCGAGGGAUGAGCACGAGAUGAGUCCAACAGCCGCGCUGUCGCAUUGUCUCGUUGCCGAAUCGUGCUUCCUGGCUCCACAGUUUGUGUUGAUAGUUACUAUUCGAGCCAUUCGAGCCAUUCCCAACUUUGCUUCUCCCCAGGCUGAGAUGCAAACUUAUCGCAUCGACCGCCAUUCAUCCGAUCCACAUGCCUCAUCUAUAAGUAGAAACCGCCGAUCUGGGGCCGGUUCGAGAGAAACAUACGAGACAUUUGCUUUGCUCAGCCGAACUUGGCACAUCAUGCUCACCCAGCCCGUGUUCCGGCUGCACGCAUCGCGCUUCGUUCCAACCCGGGCGGCCCGAGCGAAGAAACAAUUUUGUUUUUAUCGGCAAUCUGCAGGAGCAACCGCAAGGGCUUCUCAGUCUGGUUUCCGGCCUCAUGCUUUGUUUUCGGGCGAAGCCGUCGCCGUUUGUUACUGAUAAGUGAUGGGUGGUAUGUAAAAGGUAAGAUG